ACAGGAUAUACAGUAGCUGGCUUUAUAGAUGGCUGAGGUUUUGACAGCCUCCGCCUAAUAUGUCUGCGCGUCGUUGUCACAACUGCCAAGCGAUUUAUCAUUAGAUACUAACGCAUUGUCCUUCUGAAAAGUUUAAUUAGAAAUGGACGGUGUGGGGAACACCAUGCAAAAGAAGGCUGCGGAGCUGGAACGCAUGGCUGAGGUCCUUAUCAUCGGGGAACAAUUAAGACUCCGCCUCCAUGAAGGAAAGGUCAUCAAGGACCGCAGACAUCACCUGAGGACGUAUCCCAACUGCUUUGUGGCCAAAGAGCUGAUCGACUGGCUUAUGGAGCACAGGGAGGCCUCAGACCGAGAAACGGCCAUCAGGAUCAUGCAGAAACUCCUGGAUCACAGCAUCAUCCAUCAUGUAUGUGAUGAGCAUAAGGAUUUCAAAGACAUGAAGCUCUUCUACCGUUUCCGGAAAGAUGAUGGAACCUUCCCACUGGACAACGAAGCUAAGGUGUUUUUGCGAGGACAAAGAAUCUUUGAAAAGCUGAUGAACACAGAGAACUCCCUGCUGCAGACGAGGGAGGAGGAGGGCGUGACCUUUGAGCGGGCGCUGGUGGCCUCCGAGUUCGUGGAUUGGCUGCUGCAGGAGGGCGAGGUGGCCAGCAGGGAGGAGGCGGAGCAGCUGGGGCGGAGACUGCUGGAGCACGGCAUCAUACAGCACGUGACCAAUAAGAAUCACUUUGUGGACGGGGAGCUGCUGUACCAGUUCAGGAUGAACUUCCGGCGGAGGCGGCGGUUGAUGGAGCUGCUGACUGACAGGUGCCGCUCCAUCCCGGAGAGCCAGGACAGCCCCUUCUGCCUGCGCAGGCAGAACCCUGACCGCCGCAACACCAGCUUCCACUCAGUCAGCCCCAGUAAGGAGAUGAAGGUGGUGUCGGCGGUGCGACGCAGCAGCAUGAGCAGCAGCUGUAGCAGCAAUGGGUACUACAGCAGCAGCCCCAUCCUGAGCAGCAGCCCCCCCGUGCUCUGCAACCCCAAGUCAGUGCUCAAGAGACAAGUGAGUCCGGAGGAGCUGCAGACCCCAGGUGGCCCCUACAUAAAGAAGACAUUCACGAUCGUGGGUGAUGCAGUGGGGUGGGGCUUCGUGGUGAGGGGGAACAAGCCCUGUCACGUCCAGGCAGUGGACCCCAGCGGCCCUGCAGCUGCGGCUGGAAUGAAAGUCUGCCAGUUUGUGGUCUCUGUCAAUGGCCUGAACGUUUUGUCUCUGGACUACAGGACAGUUAGUAGCCUCAUUCUGACCGGCCCGCGCACCGUCGUCAUGGAAGUCAUGGAGGAAAUAGAACAGUGAGAACACAAGCUCCACCUCUUCGGCAAUCCAUUCACAGCAGGGUAUAACCAUGGGCAAACCAGAGACCCAGUCACACCUAGCCCUUUGAGCACCCAUUAUCAGUCAGGGAUUUGUGUGUGUGUGUGUGUGUGUGUGUGUGUCUGCAUCAACCCAGCUACAGCCGAUCUUGAGUCCUCCUCUCUCCACUUUGCAGAGGGAACAGCCAACUCACCUGUGUGUGUUACCCCACCGUACCACUGUAAUACCCUCAUGUGUUAUAUUUUCUUAAAUAUGUUUUCAAAAUGAAGAGGAUUUCCUACAGAACAAUCAUGUACUGCAAUGGAGACUUUUCCUACUGCUUUUCAAUGUCUGUUGAAUGCACUGCACAAUGCGCUGUUGUUGCAGCAACUCAGCCCGACUUUGGAAAGGAGGCCUGGAAAAUGCUCUUGUUUAUUUUAGAGACUGACAGUUGGAGCAGAUUAAUCCCUUCUACAGGAGGGGAGUCCAGAGCCUCACAAAUGAGAUUUCACAGCUGUGUUACAA